AUGAGCAAACAGGAAAAUGCCACCAAACUGAUCAAAUUCAAUAUUUUUGGCGAUGAAAUUGCAAAUCUAGAAAUGAUUCGAGGCGCAUUCCAGGCAACAAAACUAAUGAUCAUUGGAUUUUUCCUCUUGCUCGCUUUUGUGUUCAUUGUUGUUUGGCGCAAACUGGAACCACGUCGAUUGCCGCAAAUCGUUUUUGCAGUUGUCUUCUCGCCGUUUCUUGCAGCACUGGUUUCAUUUGGCAUUAUAUCCUGGCUUCGCUUCCCGCUUUACUCAAUCAUGUGUGUCACACCGUUUCUUAUCCUUGGAAUUGGUAUGCAUGAAAUUACUUCAUCUAUUAGCUUUCUCCUCGCUAUCGUCUAG